UUCCUGAAGUUGCUUGUAUUUUAACUGAGCGGAUGUUUUUCACAUGUUGCCCUCUGUGCUUUUUACAACUUUUAUCAGAGAAAUGGUUGAGGAAAGGAUUACUUUCUGAAGAUGAGGAAUGUAGUUGCUGUUAGUACACAAUGCCAGAUUUCUCUCUAGAGUAAGUUGCUAAAAUUUCUUUACUAGGAAUGUUAAAAAUACACAGCUUAUGUGACUAGUGGUGUCACAGUACAGUAUAAAAUAUGAUUAGAACCGUUACUGCUCAUGAGGAGUAGUACUUUUGCUUUUUUGUCUCUUGUAUGUGUUUAAAAGAAUUCAAAAACAUAAUCAAGUGUCCUUAUCAUGCAAGAAAUAAAGUAGGUUAUUAAAUUUAGGUUUCAGGAAGUAGGUUUGCCGACAGGUUAGAAGUACAAACAUUUCUCACAUCCUGCUUAUAGACAUCAACAACAUAUUUUUCCUAAUACUCUUAGUCAUUACUAAACUUCAAGCAUCUUUCUGGUGAUGGUACACUUGUGAUAUAAGUCAUGCAAAUGAGCAGUGUUUGUGUUUUAGAUUUUCUACUAUGACAAUCAGGGUACAGCAUUUUUAGUACUGUAUUUAGCUUUGCUAUAAACAGACAUGCAGUAACAAAGCGAUUUUCUAACAAAUUUGAUCUGGCUUGUUCUGGGGCAAUGUGCCUGGAAACAUUUUCAAAGCAAAAAGAGUGUAAAACUACCACUUCUGCUGUCUUUUGGCUUUUUUGAAUAUAGUGGCCAUCUGACUGAGUGAUGCGGGUGUCUAUUCGACGGGGAUUCAUAGUGCUUUUGUGUCUCUUUGGAGUGUAUGCUAGUUUGAAAGCACUGUACAACAUGCUUAUGUGCCAAGGUGAAUAUCCUCAUAAGCUAGGAGUGUCAAUACUAGUUAAGGGCAGCAAUCAGACCCUGUAUCACUAUAGCCAGAACUCACCAAUGGUGUUUGUUGGUGGAGUACCUCGCUCAGGCACCACACUAAUGCGCGCCAUGCUUGAUGCCCACCCGGAUAUCCGCUGUGGAGAGGAGACCCGUGUAAUCCCCAGGAUUCUGUCUGCACGCCAUGGCUGGAGGAGGUCAUCAGAAGACCGCUUAGCCCUGAAUGAGGAGGGGAUCACCCAGGAGAUGCUGGACUCAGCUACAGCUGCCUUCUUGCUCGAGGUCAUUGCUCGUCAUGGUGAACCUGCACCGCUGCUCUGCAAUAAGGAUCCGUUUACGCUAAAAAGCUCCAUCUACCUCUCUAAAUUAUUUCCUAACUCAAAGUUUAUUCUUAUGGUACGUGAUGGGCGGGCCUCAGUACACUCUAUGAUUUCAAGACAAGUUACAAUUGCUGGUUUUAACCUUUCCAGCUACAGAGACUGCCUUAACAAGUGGAGCCAAGCAAUAGAGGUCAUGUUAUUUCAGUGCACACUUGUAGGUUCUACACGCUGCCUGGCCAUACGCUAUGAAAAUUUGGUCCUGCAGCCACGCACCACCAUGGAGCGAGUGCUGGAGUUUCUGAAUGUACCAUGGUAUGAAGGGGUACUUCACCAUGAGAAAGCUAUUGGACAGCCUGGAGGAGUUUCAUUAUCUCGAAUUGAGCGCUCCACUGACCAGGUCAUCAAACCAGUUAACCUAGAGGCGCUCUCUCGCUGGGUAGGCCACAUUCCAGAUGAUGUGCUAAAAGAUAUGGAAAAGAUUGCUCCAAUGCUUUACAAGCUGGGCUAUGACCCCACGGCCAAUCCCCCAGACUACGGACAACCAGAUCCUGAAGUGAUUCAUAAUACAGAAAGGGUACUCAGGGGAGAUUUUAAGCCUCCAGCAAGUUUAAAAAGACAAGAAAGUAUGACAUGAGAAUAGCUGCAUAUAUCUGGUCCUUUUGAAAAUUAUAAUAAAGUGUAUUUUAAAACGUAUAGAAUAACAAUAACGCCUGUGCAAUUAUGCUGCCAUGUUGGAAUCAUUUAUUUUUAUUAUUAUUAUUUUAUUAGAUUGUAUUUUAAACUGGGGACACAGUGGCUUAGUUGUUAGCACGUUCGCCUCACACCUCCAGGGUUGGGGGUUCGAUUCCUGCCUCCGCCUUGAGUGUGUGGAGUUUGCAUGUUCUCCCCGUGCCUCGGGGGUUUCCUCUGGGUGUAUCCUGUCUUGAUGCCCUGAUGACCCCUGAGAGAGGCACAGGCUCCCCGUGACCCGAGGUAGUUCGGAUAAGCGGUAGAAAAUGAGUGAGUGAGUAAAUGUAUUUUAAACUACACAAUUGUACUGUGAUUUUUUUGAAAAGUAAGUGUUAAGGGAUAACAAAUUUCAAGUUUCCUUUUUUUAAAACAUUAUUAAACCAAUGGAUUUAAUCACAAUUGAAGAAUUGAAGUUGUGCAAUAAUAACAAUGAACUGAAUGAACAAACAGUGCAUACUGCGCUGCAGCAAACACCGUAUUGUUUAAAGUAAAACAGUUAACCCAUUUUGGCUUUCCUUAGCUUUAGCUAACUUGGUGAAACUGCAGAAAAAUUUGCUUGAAAUUCUAAUAGCAGAAAAGGGUCAUCAUCUUCAUAUGCUUCAGACUUGGACGUCUCAGGGAGCUUGCCACAAGUCCAUCCUUUUAGAAUUUUUUAAGUCACUUUUGCUACUGUAUUUUGAUGGGUUAGAAAUGUGUUACUAAAUCUCUGUUCCAUGUGGUAUCAUUAUUGUCAGCGUUGAAUGGGAGGCGAUUUAUUAGGUUAAAUAUUUCCCUCAAUUGUCAAUAAUCUGGCACUUAUCUGUAUUUAAAUUACUGUUAUUUGCAUUUCAUCAAUUUUUAUUUCUAAAGUAUUAAUUUUUGCAUUGUGGUACAAAUUGUUUUUUUUUUGUUUUUCUACUUACUGUACUGAUGUAAUAUGAAGUAAAACAGAUUUUUGCACUCAGAUACUUUUAUAGACUACGGUUGUACUUCCAUAAUUUAUUUCAAAGGCAGACAUGAAUUAAAUGCAGACAGGAUCAUCAUUUAUUAAAAGGUCUAUGACAAAAACAUUUAAGAAGGAGAGUAAUAUGAGUAUUCAGAUAUAAUAAUUAAUGCAUUGUAAUUCUAUAAACUCAAUUUGUAAACAUGUUUAUAUAAAUGCAGAGUAAUAUGAUAUUAAAAUAUGAUUGUACCUUA